UAUUGUUGUUUGUAGAUGAACGAGACAGGGAUAUUUUCAGUGCAGUUUUCUUUGACAGAUAGGCGAAUUAACAUUUCCCUUCAUGUAUUCUUCUCAUUGAUUGCCCUACGCAUAUGGCAUGCCAUUACAACAUGUUAAUAUUGAUGUUAUAACGAUGUUAUAAACUAACACUGGUAUUCUCUGUGUUAUCUAUUUAAACAGAAAGAUUAAAUGCCUCGCGCAUCCUCGUAAGCGCUUGUAACCUCUAACCCCCAGCUCGCAGAUUGUCUUGCUUGCUCCCAUCCUGCACUGCAGCUGUCAGCAAGCUAUCUAGAUUGCUGGCUCGCUGCUCAUUUGCUCACUCUCCUGAGCUUGCUAGUCUUGUGGGUCAGCGGGCUCCAUCAGUCCACCAGUACAUGAGUAACUUGAAAGGGGAAGAGGAAUACGUUUACCGUUUUCUCUUACACGCGGAUGCUAUGGCCAUAUGACUUUGAAACGUCUAGACUCCAGACAUUUGGGAUAUAUCGGCGCUAGUUCGAUAGCUAGCUUUUAACGAGGAGGAAAGGAUGUCGAAACGAGUACGGAACAGUGAAGUCUGUGCCGAUUGCAGUGUUUCUGACCCCCGCUGGGCCUCGGUAAACAGAGGGGUGUUAAUAUGCGACGAAUGCUGCAGUGUCCAUCGAAGCCUUGGGAGGCACAGCUCACAGGUCAGACACCUGACGCACACGCCAUGGCCUCCCACUCAGUUACAGAUGGUGCAGACGCUGUACAAUAACGGAGCCAACUCCAUCUGGGAGCACACGCUGCUGGAUCCAGCCUCCGUUAUGAGCGGGAAGAGGAAGGCGAACCCGCAGGACAAAGUCCACCCAAACAAGGCCGAGUUCAUCAAGGCUAAAUACCAGAUGCUGGCGUUUGUCCACCGGAUGCCCUGUCGAGACGAUGACAGCUGCACAGCCAAGGACCUGAGCAAGCAACUGCACUCGAGUGUGCGCACUGGGAAUCUGGAGACCUGCCUGCGACUGCUGUCACUAGGAGCGCAAGCCAACUUCUUCCACCCGGAGAAGGGCAACUCGCCCCUGCACGUGGCGGCCAAGGCGGGCCAGGUGUCCCAGGCCGAGCUGCUCACGGUGUACGGUGCCGAUCCAGGCGCGCCAGACUCCAACGGCCACACCCCCAUAGACUAUGCAAGGCAAGCUGGGCAGCAUGACCUGGCGGAGAGGCUGGUGGAGAUCCAGUACGAGCUGACGGACAGGCUGGCCUUCUACCUGUGUGGCCGCAAGCCAGAUCACAGAAGUGGAGAACACUUCAUCAUACCUCAACUGGCUGACAGUAGUACAGAUUUAACCGAGUUGGCCAAAGCAGCAAAGAAGAAACUGCAGUCGCUCAGUAAUCACCUGUUUGAAGAGCUGGCGAUGGACGUGUAUGACGAGGUCGACAGACGGGAAACAGACGCCGUUUGGCUUGCGACCCAGAACCACAGCACCUUGGUAACGGAGACAACAGUUGUGCCUUUCCUUCCUGUCAACCCGGAGUACUCAUCGACGCGAAACCAGGGACGACAGAAACUGGCUCGCUUCAACGCACACGAGUUUGCCACUCUCGUCAUCGACAUACUGAGCGACGCCAAACGCAGGCAACUUGGGAACAUGGUCACAAGCCCACGAGUGGAUAACAUUGAGCUGAUCCUGAAGAGUGUGGGCAGUUGUCACGGUGACGACCCUCACGAUAACGACCAGCCGGACUACGACAGCGUGGCCUCGGACGAGGAUGUGGAUCUGGACGCGAACUCAGGGAAGACAGACCGCACUAAGAGUCUGGACUCGGACCUGUCAGACAGCCCCGUCUCGGUGCAGGAGUUCCAGCAGGUGAAGAACGCGCUGGCCGCGUCCGAGGCCCGGAUCCAGCAGCUGCUCAAAGUCAACAACAACCUGAGCGACGAGCUGCGCCACAUGCAGAAAAAGCUUCAGUCUCUGCAGUGUGAGAACUCCUCUCUCAAGCGGCCGGGCCCCGCGGCCCCCCACCCCUACCAGGCUCCCGGGGGCCCCGAAUACCCCGACCCCUCUGGCCCCCCCCCCUCCUCCUCCUCCUUCUCCUCCUCCUCCCAUCCUUACUCAUCUUCCUCCUCCUGCUCCUCUUCCUCCUGCACUGCCACCUACACCAACACCUCCUCUCCUUCCUCCUCCUCGGCCAUGAAGCGCCGGCCCUCCACGCGUGGCAGCCGGACUAUGUCCAUGUACGAGACGGGCUCGGGCGGCCUCAAGCCGUACCUCCCCCGGGGCGAAACGCCCUACCCGGACGACCUCCUCCCCACCCUGCAGCCCUUCACUCCCCAUAUUGGCAGGAGUACAUUUGUGGCCUCCUCCUCCCUCCCCUCCUUCUCCUCCAAUCCGCUCUGGGCGCGGGACGAGAACGUGCGAAGGGCCUCCAGGGUGGAUGGCAAACAGAGCAGCAGCUUGGACAGUGACUACGACAACGAUGUGGAGCUGGAGGAUAGUGGGGCUGUGCGGAGGGGCCGUCUGAGGAGCAGCGGCUGGCUGGGGGAGACGGGCUCCAUCCCCGAGCUGGACGACCUGGAGGCGGAGUACGACGGCAGCCUGCCCAGCACCGAGGACGUCAUCCGCAAGACGGAGCAGAUCACCAAGAACAUCCAGGAGCUGCUGAGGGCCGCCCAGGAGAACAAGCACGACAGUUUUGUGCCCUGCUCAGAGAGAAUACAUGUGGCGGUGACUGAGAUGGCGGCCCUGUUUCCCAAGAAACCGCGUUCAGAGACAGUGCGCGCCGCCCUGCGUCUGCUGACCUCCAGUGCGCAGCGUCUGCAAGGGGAGUGCCGCAAGGCGGUGGCCCCAGAUGGAGCCCUCGGUCUGGGGCCCGGCACCGACAUGCAGCUGGUCACACAGCAGGUCAUCCAGUGUGCCUACGACAUCGCCAAGGCCGCCAAGCAACUGGUGACCAUCACAACCAAAGAGAACAACAACUGAACUGACUGACUGACACGACACGACUCGGUUUACCACUGUUCUACUUGCAAACCCCCAACAACCCCCAACGUCUGUCUCCCUUUACCACUCUUCUAUUCGCAAAUCCUAAAAACUGACACACCUGCCUCCGUUCACCACUGUUCUAUUCGCAAACCCCAACAACUGACAUGUCUACAUUAUCGCUAUUCUAUUUGCAAACCACAACAACUCACAAGUCUACAUUACCCCUUGUUCUGUCUGUUCUGAACUCCAAUGGCUAACGAGUCUCCAGUUCUACUCAUAAACCAAAUGACUGAAGAGGUUUCCGUUUACCAUGCUGUGUUUCCAGCAAGUGACGAGCACUCUGCUAAACUCAACAACUGACAAAUCUCCCAUUGCUCCUGUUGUGUUCCAAAACACAUCAGCUGAAGUGUCCAAAGUCUCUAUUCAACAACUGACUGUUUCUCCCUUACGCUGUGACUGUGCUGUUUCCCCUCCCUUGACCUUCACCAUUGAUGUCUGUUGUGGUGACACAGUUAGAGUUGCAGGGCCGCUGACAGUUUUGGCUGGGCCCAGGACAAAGUCAUCUGAAAGGGCCCCCUACUCAAUACAUACAAUGUAAUAAGAAAGCCAUUCUGGGCCACGUCUGUCCCUGGGCCUGGGACAGCUGUCCCCUUUGUCCCCCCAGUGUCGGCUUCCCUGCUCUGUUGGACCAUGCCAUUACCCCUGCACCUUACUCCACCACCACGCCCCAAGUCUCCUUGUUUUGUCUGAUCAACAUGUCAGUUUCUUUAUUUAUUUGUUUGCUUUUUUUUACAGAAUAUAAUAUUUUUUGUCUUUUUUUAAUUGUUUUUAUUGUUUUGUAUAUCUAUUUAAAGAUCAUGCAUGGGUGUUCAUGUUUUUUUUAUAUAUAUUUAAGGCAUAAUGUGAAUAUACGUAUAAUAUUAUUGUAGUAUAUGGAUUGCUGACAAAUUGCUGACUCCAAAAAGCAGAGGGUUCCACAUGAGGCAUCUGGACAUAUCUGUCUCCUGCAAACAAGGUGUGAUUGCUUGGCCUUUGCAGUGUGUGCUGUGACUGAAUGACCGUAAAGCGACCGGAGAGCGCACAUUUGGAUUGUAAAUGAUAACAGUGGGCGUGGUGAUGUAGGGCGGCUGCCAGUGAAUUUGUAAAGUAAAAUGGGGAGGAAAAAAACAUUCACAGGAAGUCACAGAAUUCCACUAUAUCGCUAGCCAGGAGCUAGCCGCAGUUCCUGAAAGUUUAAAAUGAUAUUAUUAAAUGUAUGAUGAUGCUAAUAUUGUAAUUAUAUAAUAAGCUAUUUUCUGAAUUCAUGCCAUAUACAGCAUAGCCAGACAGGAAGAGGUGAAGUAAAACUAAGCAUAUGCACCUCAUCAAAACUAAACACCUGUGUACCAGUGGAUUGCAUCUCUCUAGUAGUAUUUAAAGAAUGUAGUCGAGAAGAUAUUUAUUAAUGACUAGUUUUCCUUGAUGUGUCAUAGCAAUUUUAUUAUCAGGUAUGUGGAAAUUGUUAUUACUGCCAAACUAUUUCCGACAAAUCAAUUGUGGAAGAUUGUUUUUGUUCCAUACAUUGACAAAACCAUUUUGGAACUCCACAUACACACUUCAAAACGAGUAGGCACUUUGUUGAAGAGAGAAUUCCUAUAUCGAACUGAAUGACUCAAUCCAGGGACUAUCCAGUUAUUUUAUCUACCAGCAAAUACAAUGUGGUUCUACUGAGAUUUUACAUCAUUUUUUUACGAUUACAUGUAUGAUAUUUGUUAUUAAUAACAUUAUUAUUGUUGUUUUUUUUAACAUGAUGGCAGCCAAAGGCACACUGUAUUACCUUACACGUCAGUAUCCUGCCCUGCCUUCUCCUAUCCUGCUUGUAGGCUACUGUGUGUUGUUCAGUAAUGGUGCCUAAUAGUUCACAACUCCCUGACCCUGUGAUAGUCAAGUGAGUAUUGCAGUGUGAUAGCAGAGAGGAUGGUUGAAGAAGACAGGGAUGUCUGUGUCAGCUGUUUUAAUGUGAUUAUGUGUUUGGAUUACCCAUGGUUGUGUUAGAUGCAUUGGAAAUGGUACUAUAUGUGUAUAUUAAUACAUGAUGCAACAGCGGAGAGAGUAUAUUGAAGUCAGACGUGGUCUGCCAUUAUUGGCAGAAAACGUUCUAAGAAUGUACAUUGUGAACGUAUGCUCACAAGAGGUGAUAUACUGUAUGUAGUUUUAAGAAGACAACUAAACAUAAAGAAAGUACUCUUUGGGGCCAUGCUAUUCUGCCGUUUUAUUCCUGUGGUCCUCAUACUGGGGACGGGACCCCUGCCAUGUACAAAUACAGGGGCACCUGUACUUGCAGAACAAACUACAAAUAAACAAAAGAGCAACUGAUUCUUAUUUUUAAAAUAAACUUAAUUUAUAACU